AGCAACAUAAUUUUUAUAGUAAACUCAACAACUAUAUUUCAAUCUAGCAUACACCAAAUCUCAAAGAAAGAUAGCCAUGGCUACUGCUAAGUUUAGUAUUAAAACUACAUCAUCAAUCUUCUUAGUUCUGUGUUUAACUGUGUUUACUUUGUCAUGCUUUGCUGAUCCCGACGCACUACAAGACUUUUGUGUUGCUGACUUGAACUCCACAAUUAUUGUGAAUGGGUUCCCUUGCAAGCCGGUAUCUGAAGUUACGGCAAAUGAUUUCUACUAUAGUGGCUUGAUGAAUGAAGCGAGCACAGACAAUCGCUUAGGGCUUGGAGUGAGAUCGGGUGAUGUUAACAACUUCCCCGGGAUAAACACCCUUGGUCUUAUGAUAAGCCGAGUCGACCUCGCACCUGGUGGAAUUAUUCCAAUUCACACGCACCCUCGAGCAACUGAAGCUAAUUAUGUCAUAAAAGGAGAAGUCUAUUUCGGGUUCAUAAGUACUUCUAACGUUUUGUACUCAAAAGUUUUGAAAGCCGGAGAGAUGUCUAUUAUUCCCAAAGGUCUUGUGCAUUUUGUGCAGAACGUUGGACGGAAGAAGGCUGUCGUGCUAGCUAUUUUCAAUAGUCAGCUUCCUGGAACUUCGAACCUUCCUAAUAACCUCUUUGCUUCAGACCCAACACUUCCUAAUGAUCUUUUGGCUAAGAACUUCCAAGCUGACGAGAACGUCAUUGCUAGUAUAAAGUCCAAGUUUGGAAACUAAACAAAAUAGCUAAAUGUGGUUGUUCCUUAUGUAAACAGUAUUUGUAUACGAUUCUAAAUAAAGGACACAUCGUCCCCAUGCUUUGUACAUGGACUAAAUUUAUUAAAUAAUAGUCAGAUGUUAUGUAUUUUUAUCUAUAAUUAUUUAUCAACU